AUGGCCGUCCUCCACCAAUAUGACUACAUCUUUGCGGUAACCACUAUAUUCGCGUUCCUCGAUGCCUGGAAUAUAGGAGCCAACGAUGUAGCCAACUCUUUUGCCUCUUCGGUCUCCUCGCGCUCCCUGACGCUCAAGCAGGCGAUGCUCAUCGCCGCCUGCAUGGAGUUCUCAGGUUCUGUCGCGGUGGGAUCGAGGGUUGCCGAAACAGUCCGAGAAAAGAUCAUCGACCCGCACCUCUACGACGCCCAACCCAGCGUGCUCAUGCUUACCAUGAUGUGUGCGAUUUUCGGAUCCUCGACCUUUCUGACUAUCGCAACCAGGUUCGGCCUCCCUGUCAGUACAACACAUUCCAUCAUCGGCGGCCUCGUCGGCGCCGGGACGGCCUCGGUCGGGAUUCACCAAAUCCACUGGGGCUGGCACGGGGUUUCUCAAGUCUUUGCGGCCUGGGCCAUAGCUCCCGGUAUUGCGGGCGCUUUGGGAGCGACCUUGUUUCUGAUCACAAAGCAUUUCGUUCUCUCGAGCAAGUACGCCGUGCACAGGGCUCUCUUUUCAAUUCCGAUCUAUACUUUCAUCACCAUCGGGCUGUUGACGAUGCUUAUUUUUUGGAAGGGAAUACAGCUGGACGUCGAGCUCAGUGGCUGGCAGAUUGCGGUAGCUGUGGUCACCGUCGCAACGGGCGUCACCCUUCUUGAAAUCCUAUUCCUCCUCCCGUACCUCUGGCGUCGAGUUAUGAACGAAGACUGGCAACUGAAAUGGCAUGAUAUCUGGCGCGGCCCGUAUCUUCUCAAUCGUCCCCUACCAAGCCCACCACCGCCUGGUCGGACAAGCCUCAACAUCAAAGACUACUACCGCGGCCACCUCACCCAAGAAGAAUUAAAAUGUCUUCGCGCGUCCGAACACCUGCUGCAGUCGAUUCAAACGGCGAACGGUUACAAUGAUCCGGAAAGGCUGGAGGGGACUACAACGGAAUUAGUUGAUGGCGUCCCGCCUCGACCAACGGGGCCGUGGAACAGCUGGCCCGUCAUAUGGUGGCGCAUUCAGCGAAUCAUUUACCACGGUCUCGAGCAAGAUGUGAUCAAAGCCCAGCAGCGGCAGACAAUCUUGACGUGGGACAUCCAGGACAUGCAUGCACGGGCAUCGCGAUUCGACAACCGCGCCGAGUACAUGUAUAGUUCAUUGCAGAUCCUGACAGCGGCGACAGCUUCUUUCGUCCAUGGUGCCAACGACGUGGCCAAUGCGAUUUCUCCUUUUGCCACAACGUACCUUGUCUGGCAGAGUGGAAGAGUGGAGAGUGAAGUACCGGUCCCAAUCUGGGUGCUAUGCUUCGGGGGAGGCGCCAUCGUGCUGGGUCUGAUGACGUACGGAUACCAUCUCAUGCGCAACCUCGGAAAUCGCCUUACGCUCAUGUCGCCAUCGCGCGGUUUCUGUAUGGAGUUGGCCAGUGCCAUGACGAUUUUGCUCGCGACACGACUCACCCUUCCAGUAUCAACGACACAAUGUAUAGCUGGUGCUUCUAUAGGCGUCGGCCUGGCGAACGGCGACUGGCGAUGUAUCAACAUGCGCCUGGUAGGCUGGAUCUACUUCGGCUGGGUCAUCACAGUCCCAAUUACGGCGCUUAUAUCUGGGAUGUUGAUGGGGUUGAUCCUGAACGCUCCGAGAUGGUCAUAG